UGCCUGCCUGGAAGGCUGUAAAAAGUUGUGUAGGUUCUCUCUGUGUGUCCUACAGGGCUCCUUGUGCCAGAUCCCUGUCUGAUGGCUUUUAUGAAAAACUAUCUCCUACCCAUUCUGGGGAUCUUCUUGGCCUACUACUACUAUUCCGCAAAUGAGGAAUUCAAACCAGAGAUGCUCCAAGGAAAGAAAGUGAUUGUCACAGGGGCCAGCAAGGGAAUUGGAAAAGAGAUGGCCUAUCAUCUGGCGAAGAUGGGAGCCCAUGUGAUGGUGACAGCGAGGUCAGAAGAAGCUCUAAAGAAGAUAGUAGCCGACUGCUUGGAGCAUGGAGCAGCCUCGGCACACUACAUUGCUGGCACCAUGGAGGACAUGACCUUCGCAGAGCACUUUGUUGCCAGAGCUGGAAAGAUCUUGGGAGGACUAGACAUGCUCAUUCUCAAUCACAUCACCAGCACUAAUAUGCAACCAUUUGCUGGUGAUAUCCACUUAGUGCGCAGAAGUAUGGAGGUCAACUACAUCAGUUAUGUGGUCCUGAGUAUGGCUGCCCUACCCAUGCUGAAGCAGAGCAAUGGAAGCAUUGUUGUUGUCUCCUCCAUGGCUGGGAAAAUGGCUAGUCCACUUGUUGCUCCCUAUUCUGCAAGCAAGUUUGCUCUCGAUGGGUUUUUCUCCUCCAUCAGGAAGGAAUAUUCAGUGACCAAGGUCAAUGUGUCAAUCACUCUCUGUAUCCUCGGCCUCAUAAACACAGACGCAGCCAUGAAGGCAGUGUCUGGGAUACUCAGCAUGGAUGCAUCUCCAAAGGAAGAGUGUGCCCUGGAGAUCAUCAAAGGGGGAGCUCUGCGCCAAGAGGAAGUGUAUUAUGGCAAAUUAGGAUGGACCAGUCUCCUGCUGAGAAAUCCAGGGAGGAUCCUCCUGGAAUUUCUCAGCCUAAGAAGUUAUAACAUGGAAAGAUUUAUAAACAACUAGAAACGUCCUCAGGGCUGGGCAGGAUAAGGGAGCUUGGAUUGUUCUGCCAGAUGUUUGUCUAAGCUCCAUCCAUGAAGGUAUCUACUCAGAGAGGUGAAUGAGUCAGUCUCCCCAGAGAGUUGCAAGUCAUGCCUCAUGUCUCCCAAUUUGAAGGAGUUCCUCUAACACUUGCACAGUGCACAUGUGAUUAUACUAAAUGUCAUGAAGCUGCAGUAUCUAUGAGGUUUUUGUUGUUUGUUUGUUUGUUUGUUUUGUGUUUGCUUAGCCCCACCCCUUUUUCAUUCAGCCCUGCCACCCCUCUCCCUUCUAAUAGCUGUCUGUCUGUUCUCUACGAGUCUGUUUCUAUUUCGUUUGUUAGUUUAUUUUGUUCGUUAGAUUCCACAUAUGAGUGAAAUCAUAUGGUACUUGUCUUUCUUUAACUGGCUCAUUUCACUUAGCAUAAUACUCUCUAGGCCCAUCCAUGCUGUUGCAAAAGCUAAGAUUUCCUUCUUUUCUAUGGGAACCUGCAGUUGUGAAGUUGUUAGUCACCAUAGGUAUAAAAUUAUAAAAUAGUUAUAUCAAAUUUACCUCAUAUAUAAUAAUGUCCUGGUGCUUAGUAUAAUAAAUUGUAAUAGAGGUCACAUAAACUUUCCAAAUCAUAACUGGUAGCUAUAACUUUAGUCCAUUCAGUAUGGUGCCUUUAAAACCAUAACCUUUACAAGUAAAAAUUAUCAGUAUUCAUUUCUCA